UGCAUCAAUUCCGUGCAUACCUCGUUCCGAUUUCAGGUACUGAGCUGCAUAAUGAUUUCUUGACGAACAGUUGUCAGAGGCGCAAAAGAGCCAUGAACUAAGACAUGCCGGACACUUGACAUGCUUUCAGGUGUCAGCUUUGGCAGAUUUGCCAAAACAGCUUGCACAGCUCCACGUCUCAACAAGACCAGCUUCUCUCCUCAAGAAUUCCAACAGCUUUGCCGUGGCAAGCUAGGUUGCCAUGGAUAUGAGAACCCUGUUGCGGCUCAAGGCUGUGUAGCUCGCAGACUCUCGACAUACUCCCCGAGUCUGGAUUCCCAACCACAAGUCUCCACUACCGAGACUGUCGCCGACAAGACGACAGAAUCACAAGAUGAACACCCAAGUCGACCAUCAAAUACUAUGCAAAGUCGGCAGUUGAUAGCCGACAAGGUCAGACGAGUUAUGCGUAAAAUUCCUCAUCCUGUCGCCAUUAUAACAGCAACGGACACCACUGCAAGCCCCAGCGGUGGGCCUGAGGCAUGGAGAGGCGCCACGGUCUCUUCACUCAAUACCGUGACGUUGUCACCUUACCCAGUCAUCUCGUUCAACAUCAACAAGAUCUCCUCAACCUUGGACGCCAUCUAUGCAACGGGUCAUUUCAAUGUUCAUUUCCUGUCCAGCAGCCCACAGGGAAAGAUGAUCGCAAGCAAGUUCGCCCGCGGUAAUGCUAGCUCACCAUUCUAUGACGAGCACGGAGAGCUCGAACCAUUUGUGCGGCAACUAGAGGCCGGUCCAGCUCCUUCCCCAGUAAGCCCACCUAUCAUACGUCCGAGGUUCCCUGGAAAACCGGUCGCGGUUCCGCUAAGACUGCAUUGCACGCUUAUGCAAUCGAAGGUCGUCGAGAUAGGGGAUCAUCUGGUGGUAUUCGGUCGAGUCAUCAGAACUUUCUACCAGAACGACCACUUCGACAGAGAUACGGCUGGUGAGACACCAAUCUUAGUAUAUGCGAAUGGCGACUACAAUCGUUGCGAAAGGUAUAAAAAGUUCAAGCAUAUCAACGUGCCGAAGCAUGUCGAAAAGCAGAGUGACGCUGAGGGAAAUGCGCCAGUCGAUGAGGACGGCGGUGUGAAACCAUGAUUCCGCAGGUUGGACGACUGCCAGUACAAGAGAUCAUCCUGCAGAUGGAAAAUGACCACGACUACGAGUUUAUGAUGCGCUGACUAUUUUCAUGUGGUGAUACACCGUGAUAGUCUUGAGUGCUUAUGUAACCCAUAUUAGCGACUAGUGUCCGCCUUCUGAAAUCUGAUUGGAUGGGAAUAAUCAACCUUGUAUUUCAAGAGCU